AGCGCAGUGUAGUAGGAGUAGUAAGUAUGAUAGAACGAAAGAGUGGGGAGAGUUGCACUAACACAUAGAAACGGACGAUGCCACUCGAGUGGCAUCGAAUAUCCCCGCUCCGUCGUACGCGGCAGUCCGACGCCGGUCGCGCAGCUAGCAUGGCUGGAUUUUCUCGCAGUUUUUCACCGGUUCUCCCGUGGUAAAGAGAGACGGAGACGGAAAGACACAGAGAGACGGAGAGACAGAGAGAGAGAGAAAGAGAGAGAGAAAGAGAGAGAAAGAGCUAGAUAGACGAGACACGUAGCAGCAGCAGCAGCAGCAGCAACACGAAAACUCGUUGUAUUCAACAAAACGCAUUCCUUUGGUUUCGUCCUAUACAAUCGUACGUCGUUCCUCAUAGGAUACAAGACCUUUGCUUUUCGUUCUAUCGUUCGAGAUAAGCACAGAGAGAGAGAGGGAGAGAGAGGGAGAGAGACAGAGAGAGAGAGAGAGAGAAAGAGAAAGAGAGAGACAGACAGAAGGAAAAGGAGGGAGCAUAGGCGAUCGCGAGUCGACGUGAGCCAGAACUGACGCCAGAUGCUCGAACAUAACCUCAAAAGUGAAACACUCGAUAGAAAUUAGAUGAUUCCUUCGUAGAUCGUCGAUAUAAGUUCGAUUAAUUCAUAUUUACGUCUAAAUAGAUUAGAUUAACGUCCAUUCUACUUUUACGAGGCGACACGUGCUCCUUCUGCGUGCGUUUCACCAGCCAAUCGUUGUCUUCUUCGUCGGGUUGGUGUGUACGUCGCGUCGUUUAUCCUUCUCUCUCUCUCGCGCGUGUGUUUCCCCUCCCCCCCCCCCCGUAGUAGUUAUCGUUGUCCUCGUAGUUCUCUCUCUCUCUCGCAAUGUCAAAGAAAGAUAUAUAAAGGAGAAAGAGAGAGAGAUGAGUAACAGUCGGAUCGUAUCGCACAAAUGAGAAUCUCAAAGAGAGUAGACAGUAAGUAGUAAGGGAGACAGAUUGAAACAGAAAGAGAGAGAGAGAGAGAGAGAGAGAGAGAGAGAGAGAGAGAGAGAGAGAAAGCAAAGCAAGCGAGAGCGCGAAAGAGAAAGAAAGAGAGAGAGAUAGGAAACGAAGAAAGUGCGUCGUGUUGUUGCAAGUGAACGAAGAGGAAAUAAAAGAUUCUAGAAAAGGAAAAAUAAAUAAGAAAGAGAGAGAGAGAGAGUGAGAAAGAGGGGGAAGAAAAGCACGAGGAAAUCGUAUGAGAGGAUCGACUGUGAUCGUCCUUCUUCUUCCUUCUUCUCUUACUCUUGCACGUCCACAUCCAGCAUCUUCUUGUCGUUCGUCGUUGGAACGGUAAAUCUCUGAUGUUCGAACAGUAGAAGAGGAACUUUUCAAAAGAACUCGUUUCGUGUGUACGAAGACGACGACGACGACCAACCAACCAACCAACCAACCAAUCGACCAACCGACCGAUCAUCCAACGUCCUAUUGUACCUACUAAUCAUCGUCUAUUUCUAAACGAGCCUGUCUUUAUACGAUUCGUCUAGAGUAACUUAAGCGAAGAGUACCUAAUCCUUAGCUGGGAAAGAUACAGGAUCGUUGCAGUAGGAAGAGAAGGAAAAGAAGGAGGUGAUAGUGGUGGACGAGAAAGAGGAGGAGGAGGUGGAGGACAGGGAGGAGGAACGUUUUAAGCGACAACAUCGCCAUGGAGGAGUCGUAAAUCCACGUCGAGAAAGUUCGAAGACGAUGAAGAGGUACGAGUCAAGCUCCAAGAUGCAAAAGGAGGAAAUGAAGAGGAGAGUUCUUCGCGGUUCUGUCCGAAGAAACAGAAAGAGAGAGAGAGAGGGAGCUGUGAAUUACGGAUCGAAGAAGGUCGGAUCGAUAUGCGGACGUCGUGAUAUCGUGUGAUCGAGCCAAUCGACGUUCUCUCGAAUGGGCUAAGAACCGAAAAUCGUUACUCCGUGGAAACGCCGAGGCUCUACAUCGCCCUUAAUUGACAGGAAGAGAGUGUGUGUGAGAGAGAGAGAGAGAGAGAGAGAGAGAGAGAGAGAGAGAGAGAGGGAAGGAGGGAGAAAAGAGGAAGAACCAUCAAGCUGAAAACUCAAGCGUAGAGUCAAGAAAUAACGGAAGAGGGAAGAGAAGGAAGAAGAGUAAGAAGAAAAGGAAGAGGAGAAGAGCGGGGGAGAUAUCUGGAGCGGCAUUUGAAAUUUACGAGUAACUCGGUGCUCUUGCAAGUGUAAUAGUAUCUACGAACGAGAGAGAGAAAGAGAGAGAGAGAGAGAGGACGAACGAACGAAGGAAAGAAAGGAAUAGAGAGAAAGAGAGAGAGAGAGGCACAUGGCAUAACAAAUGGUAUCCCGUAAAACCAGCUCGCGACUGUUAAAUGACACCGGAAGUACCCAGCUAAGAAAUACACGAGGUAUCUAGAGCAAUUCGUGCAAUACUUUUGUAUCCUCUCGACAGUUGUUUCGUCAUUUCCUCGUAAAAUUCGAUAUAAAUAAAUAAAUUUUUCAUCGAAUCAUCGACAAUAGAUCGAUAAGAACGACGAUAUGAUUUCCUUCGAUCAUGAGGAAAUCAUGAAUGGACGUAAUCGUUGUUAUUAAGAAGAAAGAAUUUUUUAAUCGCCCGAUAUAUUUUUCUUCCUUUUGUCUUUCUUCUUUCUUCCUCGUUGUUUUUUUUUCUUUUUUUUUUUUUUUUUUUUGAAAAGAAAUAUGAAGGUCAUCGAAAUGAAAGAUCGUAGAUGAGCAAAGGUGCGUGACAAAGAAAUAUUAGAGAAAGGAAGGAAAUAAGAGAAGAAGUAGGAGUGGAAGAAGAAGAAGAAGAAAGAAAGAAAAGGGAGAAGAGAAGGAGGAGGAGAAGCAGGAGGAGGAGGAAGAGGAAGAGAAGGAAGAAGAGGGAGAACCAUCAGGUCCAGCAGAGCCAGAUGGGUUAAAGGCGAAACGCGAUGGAAGGCGCGAUUCCGUGCCGGUGGAUGCAAAAGGGCGCUGUUCGCACUGCAACCGCUGCCCUUUCGGAAGCGCAACAAGUGACAACGCCGUGGUGCUGCUGCUGCUGCUGCUGCUGCUGCUAUUACUGUUACUCCUCCUCGCUCACCAGACGUCAUCGGCUUUAUCCAGCAAGGAGUCGAGAGGAUUCGAUUCCGUUGACUUGAACAAAGGAGAAAUAGAAAAAGAAAUAGAGAAAGAGAAAAAUAGAUACGGGUCAAGGAUCGUUGGCAAGUUCCGUUAACAGCGUACCUACUGGGAUGAACUUCUUACGAGCUAUCCAAAAAAGAUUAUUUCCUUCUUCGUCCUCCUCAUCCUCAUCCUGCUCUUUAACGGAGAAAUAGGAACGACCGGUCGAGAGUCGUUCAUGGCGACUUUGUCCUGAGAGACUCGAUGAAACUACGUCGGGGAGAAAGACGAUUGCCGAGAAUCUUGGAGGAUUCUUGGUCUGGAAUCCCUUGGACUGUGCCUUGAAUCUUACCUACGAUAGACGACAGCUCGUCUGAUCUCUCAACGAGUUUCUUCACGAGGAGUAAAAGAGAGAAGACGCGAAAGAGAAAAAGAAGACGCGAGAGAAGAAGAUAAAAAAAGAAGAAGAAGUGGGAGGAAGAGAAGAAGGAGGAGGAGGAGGAUCGGCAGGAUUUUUAUCUCUUGUAUCUUUUUCACCUCCUUUUUUUCUUUCUUUUUUUUUUCUUCUUUACCCACUUUGUCGUCCACUUUCUCCUUGUCGUCGUCGUGUCUCUUAUAGUGAUUUCGCUCGUUGUCGUCGUCGUCAUCGUCGUCGUCGUCGUCAUCGUCGUCGUCGUUGUGGACGAUGGUGAUGAAAAUCUCCGCUGUCGAAGCUGGCGUCGCUCUGUUGGGCGCCGUCGGUUCGCGUUGCGUCGUAAAGCAGGCGACGGUGAAGCGAUGCGUCGCGGCGCUCCUUCUCGUCUCCAUCGCGAGCAUCUUUUAUUACACGCACUAUGUCAUCAGCAGUCCUCUAUCCAGUUUGAUACAUCGAGAUACCAGACCCGAACCCUCGAUAAGAUGUUCCACAUUGAGGGGUGCGACGAGACUGCCUUCGGCGCCGGAUCACAGGAGCGAGGCACGAUUGAGGAUAGAUCCAAAGGUGUUGGUCUUCGUCGAAACUUUAUAUUCCAGGCUGGGACGAGAGAUAGCCGAGCUACUCGUUUAUAACCGAAUAAAGUACAAAGUAGAGGUGGCCGGGAAGUCUCUGCCGGUAUUGACGAAUCUCGACAAGGGUCGUUACGGCGUUCUAAUAUUCGAGAACCUUAACAAGUACCUGCAAAUGGACAAGUGGAAUCGAGAACUAUUGGACAAGUAUUGCAGAGAAUACUCAGUUGGAAUCGUUGGUUUUGCUCCUCCAGGCGAGGAGAGUCUCGUUGGUGCCCAACUAAAGGGUUUUCCUCUGUUCAUACAUACGAAUCUUCGGCUUAAGGACGCCCAGUUGAACGCGGCAUCUCCUAUUCUACGAUUAACCAGAUCCGGAGAAACAGCCUGGGGACCACUUCCUGGCGGUGACUGGACCAUUUUUCAGGCCAAUCACAGUACGUACGAACCGUUGGCCUGGGCACACAGGGACAGUCUCGACUAUCCGACCAACAAAAGCCCUCUGGCCACUGUCAUUCAGGAUCAUGGGAGAUACGAUGGGAUACAAAGGGUCCUAUUCGGUGGUGGUCUACGAUUUUGGUUGCACAAAUUGUUGCUUCUCGAUUCACUCUCGUAUCUAUCUCACGGUCAGCUUAGCCUAAGCUUGAAUCGUAUGAUACUGGUCGACGUAGACGAUAUAUUCGUCGGUGAAAAAAGUACAAGACUUAAGAGGGACGACGUUAUGGCUUUGCUCGCAACUCAACAAAGGAUACAGGCUCUUGUUCCGGGGUUCAAAUUCAACUUGGGGUUUUCCGGGAAGUAUUUUCAUCACGGGACAGCCGAGGAAAACUUGGGGGACGAUAUGCUGCUGGAGAACGUCGACAGAUUUACGUGGUUUUCCCACAUGUGGAACCAUCAACAGCCCCAUCUAUACGAGAAUGUGACCCAUCUACAAUUGGACAUGGCACUGAACAAACAAUUCGCAAAGGACCACGGUAUACCGACGGUAAGCGGCUACAGCGUAAGUCCACAUCACUCAGGCGUUUAUCCGGUCCACGAAGGCCUUUAUGAGGCAUGGAAAAGAGUUUGGAACAUCAAGGUCACUAGCACGGAGGAAUACCCACAUCUAAGACCGGCCCGUUUGAGACGUGGCUUCAUUCAUCGUAACAUCAUGGUACUACCAAGACAGACGUGCGGCCUUUUCACUCAUACAAUCUUUAUAGAGAGGUACCCAGGCGGAAGGGAUAAGUUGGACGAAUCGAUACAAGGCGGCGAACUCUUUCAAACGAUCGUUUAUAAUCCUAUAAAUAUUUUUAUGACGCACAUGUCCAAUUAUGGUAACGACCGUUUGGCAUUGUAUACGUUCGAAUCUGUAAUAAAGUUUAUACAAUGUUGGACAAAUUUGAGAUUAUCGAGUUCACCGCCUCUUAAACUUGGAGAACAUUAUUUUCAACUUUAUCCGGAGGAGGCCGAUCCCGUAUGGGGUAACCCGUGUGACGAUCAAAGACAUCAAAAGAUUUGGUCGAGGAAUAAAACGUGCGAUCAACUGCCAAGGUUUUUAGUUAUAGGACCGCAAAAAACUGGGACAACUGCGCUCUACACAUUUCUGUCCAUCCAUCCGGCCAUAAGCAGUAAUUUGCCGAGCCCAGACACGUUCGAGGAAAUACAAUUUUUCAAUGGGAAAAAUUAUUACAAGGGUUUAGAUUGGUAUAUGAGCUUCUUUCCGGCAUCGAAAAACGAGAGUUCCAGAUAUCUUUUCGAAAAAUCAGCAACCUAUUUUGACGGCGAAUUGGUACCAAGAAGGGCUCACGCUUUAUUACCAAGGGCCAAACUCAUUACUAUAUUACUCUCGCCGGCUAGAAGAGCUUACUCGUGGUAUCAGCAUACCAGAGUACAUGGUGAUCCCGUAGCAAAUAAUUAUUCAUUUCAUUCGGUCAUUACGGCCAGCGAUACGGCCCCAAAACCAUUAAGAGAUCUUCGAAAUAGAUGCCUCAAUCCUGGCAAGUAUGCGCAACAUUUGGAAAGAUGGUUAUCGUUUUAUCCACCACAGCAAUUGCAUAUCAUUGAUGGCGAACAAUUGCGACAAAAUCCAGUUGAAACGUUGCACGAAUUGCAAAGGUUUCUCAAAAUCACACCGGCAUUUAAUUACUCGUCGCAUCUUAGGUACGAUCCUAAAAAGGGAUUCUUUUGUCAAGUUACCAACGAGGAUCGUACGAAGUGUCUUGGAAAGAGCAAAGGACGUCAGUACCCGCCUAUGGAGGAUAAAUCCUAUAAAUUCUUGCAAAGGUAUUACUUGUCACACAACACCGCCCUUGUAAAAUUAUUGAAACGACUUGGAUCCAGAACGAUUCCGCAAUGGCUUAAGGAAGAUCUAACCGACACGGUGAUGACCUAGCAAACGCCGAUCACAUGAAACACAGCUAUUUCUCGAUUUCAAGCCUGGAUUCUUGCUUCCGCCGUACACGAGAUACGACGUUUGUUGGUGGAAGACUUGUAAAUUAUUUCUAUCAUGUAAAUAUUUCGCUGGACUACAAAUCCUAAUCGGGGAGAAGGACCAUGACCAGUGGAGUGGCCUAAAAUCGGUGAAAGCCUGGAAAGCUAGUCACUAAGCGAUUAUACGGUUACAUAAUCCGUAACUGUUGAUCGUUGUUAAGCUAAUAGUACUAUUAUUAACGUUAUAUUGUAAUAAUAUAAUUAUUAUUAUCGUUGUUGCGUCAUUAAAAGUCAGGAAGGCCGAUUAUCGGCCAACUUUUAAACUCGCAGACAUAAUCUGCGAUUGAUUUCAUUGUUAUCAGGAUAAUAGAAAGUCUUGAUAAUCUUUACUUCGUUUGGAUCAGAAAGAAAAUCUUAUAUCGAGGACUAUUUGACGUUCAGUCAAGCACCGAUUUUAUAUCUUUGGCUUUUAAAUGGAGCACACUUUUUUCUUUUUUUUUUUUUUUUCUUUUUUCUUUUUUCUAUUUUUUUCUCUCAAAGAAUGCCCCUCCUAUAUUUUUCUAUCGUCGCUUAAUGAUUUCUCGCGUAAGAUUUUGCGAUAGCGUCGCUCUUCGCACUUCGAUGAAAUGUUUCGAGAGGGGGAAAAAAUAUAAAAUAAAAAAAAAAAAAAGAAUUAAAUAAUGAAUGAAUGGAAUGAAUGAAUUAAUUAAUUAAUUAAAUAAAAAGGAAUCGUUGUCAAACAACGAAUCAAAUUAUUUUGUAAAAUCGAAUAAGCAUUAUGAUUGAAUUAUAAAAAUAUCGAGAAUGAUAUAUCGAAAAAGAAAUAUCUGAAUGGCAUGAAGUAAAUUAAAUUCUUUCUGAACCAAACUUCGUAUUUUCGAAGAGUUUGUCAACUUAAUUCUAUUGAGGUAUGAUGAUCUGUCCAAAACGCGUUGUUAACGUGUUUAAAGAGAUUUAUCCUCGUUCGAACGAACGAUCGAUCGAUCGAUCGAUCGUACAAACGAACAAACAGACAAACAAACAAAAAAACCUAUCUACUUCUCAAAAUAUAAAAUAUCGUUUGUGGAUCAAACGAUCGAUCGUUCUUAAUGUCAUUUAAAAGAUCGUCCAAGCGAAUAACGCAUACUUUUGGGCUGUCAGAUUUUUUCCUUUCUGGCCCAUCUACUUUCGGAGACACAGUGUAUGUUAAUUCUCGUUGUAUAAGGAUAUUUGAAAUUGAUCAUGAUUCUUGUAUAUUUUGACAAUACUAUUCUUGGUACCGACGAAGAGGAAAGGUCAAUAAAAGUGGUGUAUGAUCGCGUCCGUUUGUACAUUAAUGUAAUAUUGUAAUACACUAUUUUGAUGUCAACGCGUAGAUGUAACAUAUUAGAUUUAACAAAAAAAAAAAAAGAAAAUAACAAAAAAAAAGAAAAUAUAUAUAUAUAUAAUAUAUAUAUAUAUAUAUAUUAGAUCAAUUAUAGAGAGGCUUUUGGGAUGAAACUUGGAAACUUCCGAUAACGUAACGUCGUCGUCUGUGCAAAAUGAGAGAUCCAUUAAUAUUCGCUUGCAAUAAUCCAUGAAACACUUUAGAAACUCUGAUAAGUUUUCAACAAAUACGUGUUUGAGGUUUGGACAUUCGAUCGUUUUUAAAUAAUAUUUAACAAUCAAAAUGUAACGGAUGUGAAAAAAGAAAAAAAGAAAAAAUAAGGAACAAAAAAGAAAAACUAUAUUCGAAAAAAAUUGCUCUAUCAUCCCAUAUAGCAAUAUAUGUCCAAUCUAUUCGUGUGUCGUUUCUUUGUUUCUGAAUUUUUUGUUUUCUUCUUCUUUUUUUUUUUUUUUUUUUUUUUUUUUUUUUUCUCUCUCCUUUUUAACGACAGCAAUUAGUCAAUAAUAUUGGCAAAUUAUUUGCUCGUUUUGGGAAUGUAUGUACGAUCAAACACCUACUACGUUGUACUUUCUCCAAAGAAAAAAGAAAAAAAAUUCGUGAACAACAAGGCUACAUUACUUAUACGACAUUUUUCUUUCUUUUACAAUCGAGAAUAGUUCUAUUAUAUACACGAUUGUACAUUGUAUAUAAAUGUUUCUUUAAUUUAUUCGUUGUAUGCCCGACCCCUUCCCUCCCACUAACCAACCUACCAACAAAACAAACCAAUCACCCAUCCACCCACUCACUUUGUAAUUACGAACAUUUCAAUUUUAAUUCAAUUUGACGAAGGGAUUUACAUUGUUUACGUUUACCGAAAUCUUUGUAUCACGUCAUUGUUUUUUAUUUUAACAUUUUGUUUAAAAAAAGAAAAAAGAGAAAUCAAUGUAAUGAUAUUAAGAAAAUAUCGAUAAAAAAACACGCUCACAUAUACACGUAGAGAGAGAGAGAGAGAGAUUUGAUAAAAAGAAAUAUUGUUGAGAGUCACGAGCCUAAAGCGAAUAGAGGCUCCCGUCCAAAACGAGCAAUGGAGCAUCAAAAGAGAAAAAAAAAGAAAGAAAGAAAAAAGAAAAAAAAAACAAAACAAAAAAUGAACAAAAAUUCGGUACUCGCAAUCUUUUACUACAAUGAUGUCGUUGUCGAACAAGUAAUUUACUUCUUCUAAUACGGCAAUUCAUUUGGCCAUAUUUAUCUUUAGAUAUUUUAUCUGAUUACGAUCUUGUUACGUUUGUAUAGUUUGUUUCCAUUUUUAUACUGCCGUUAAAUUGUGCCAUUCGGCGUUUUAACGAAAACCUUGUACAAAGUUUCUUGUUAAUAUGAUAACAAUAAUAAUGAUACUACUACUACUACUACUACUACUAAUAAUAAUAAUAAUAAUAAUAAUAAUAAUAAUAAUAAUAAUAAUAAAAAUAAUAAUAAUAAUAAUAAUAAUAAUAAUAAUUAUAAUUAUAAUUAUAAUUAUAAUGAUAUAAUAAUUAUUAGUAAAAGCGAUGGAUUAUUAUUAUACAACUGAUCGAUAUGUUUUGUCGAAUCGUGCCAUUUUAUCGUGUUGUAUAUAAUAAUUGUAUUAUCAUAUUGAGAUGAUAACAUACAUACACAUACACAUACACAUACACGCAAGUCCACACACACACACAUACACACACACGUUGGAUUUUGUAGUUAAUGUUAUUCAAAUUUCAUUCGGCACGGCGGCCGUAACAGUUUUAUGAUUUAUCGCCGCCUGACAAUAAUAUGUGACAAAACCAAAACGGAAACAUAAACCCCAUGGAAAUAACGAUAUCCAUAUUGCGAAUUGUACAAAUGAGAUUAAUAGUUUAGUACUAUUGUUUCAAUUCUAUUAUUUAUUUGUAUUCAAUGAAUUUCAGUGAAUUUAUUAUUCAAAAUGAUACAUUAUAUUCUUUUUUUUUUUUUGUCUUCUUUUCUUUUUUUCUUUCUUUUGACGAAUAAUAAUAAUAAUUAAUUUUUAUAAUUCAUGACUUACGAUUUCCAUGUAUCGUAUAAAUCAAGAUAAUAUAUGUGUGUGUAUAUAUAUAUAUAUACAUACGUGAAUUUUUGUUGUUGUUUAAAUGUUGAUCAAUAUAGUAAUAAAAUAUUACCAAUUAUUUUGAUUUCUUAAUUAUUUUCAAUUUUAAAUUGUUUUAUCAAAAGAAGAAAGACAUAAUGAAAAAUAAGAAAGCACUUUCGAAACGUUUCGCUUUGAUAGACUGUUACGAAUGUGAAGAAUCGCCGUUGUCAUAGAUUUACAAAAAAAAAAGAAAAAAAAGGAAAAAAAAAGGAAAAAAAAAAGAAAUGCGUUUAGAAUGUGUGUACGACACGUUAAUAAGACCUUGGAUUAUUUAACUUAUGAUUAAUCUAUUGUAAAAUAUUGUAAUAACUGUACGGUAUAGGCAAUAAGUUCUAAUAAAAUAAUUAUUUAAAAUGGUGGUAAGAGAGAGAGAGAGAGAGAGAGAGAGAGAGAGAGAACAUCGAUUGAAGAAUAUAAAACAAUUGAGAUAACUAUACUUUUUCUUUUGCUUCGUUUUAAUUUGACAAUAUACCAUAAAAUGUCGGAAGAACGUAUUCCUUUAUUUUCUUUUACGUUUUAUAAAUUACAUAUUAUACGAACAGGCCCGUAUUAAAUUCUUUUCUACGUAUGGCCUCCACGUUGCAUUCCAUCUGUUUAUCCAAUUCUUCACGCAAGUUCAUGAAUUUUUGUGUUCUCCGUAAUUGAUAAUUAUCAUUGAUAUUAAUCUCAUUAUCAUUAUCAUUACCAUUGUUCUUCUUAACGUCAAAUUGACAAUUUAAAUAUCGUUCCCGUUGUAUUCCUUCAUACGUGUAAAAAUUAUUUUUAGAAUUUUGCAAAUUCAUCUCAGAAAAAUAUUUUCUAUUAUUCAAAUGAUCGACAUCGAUCAUGUCACCAACAUCGAAUUGAUUUUGUGAGGAAUUUAAACCGCAUCCCGGAAGUGUAUAUAUAUGUCUUAAUUUGUGUACUCUUCUUCCUGUGAUAAUCGCGAUGAAUAAUUUUAAUCUAAAUAAAUUAAAUGUUUCAUUCGUUAAUUACUUACUCGACGAUGCAGACCUGAUGAUUGCAAACAUUCCGAAAGAUUUUCAUUUUUCACGGCGUACGCCUUGCCGUUCAAAUAAUUUUCUUUGAUAAAUUGACCUUCCUCCAAUUGCAACAAUUCUUUUCUUGGCCGUUUAUUUUCAUCGGAAAAAUCCAAGGAAAAUACAUUUUCAUUAUUUAUUAUCGAUUCUUCGUUUCUAUUAUGUCCGAUAUUUUUAUCGGGCAAAUCUUUUUUCAUUUCAAGAGUAAUCGUAGUAGCAGUUAAUUCAUUUAUUUUGAAAAUUUUCGAAUUAUGUCUGGCAAGACCGCAAGCAUUUAAAAUUAGAAAUAAUGGUGUCAGUGCGACGGUCACUAAUACCAACAAAGCAAUUAAAGAAAUUAAUUGCCAGGAAAGAUUUAAUAAAAUAGUCUGUGUAUUCAAAUCUGUAUUUAAUAUACAGACUGGUGCCAAGACGGUUGCCAAUAAACCACAAACCAAAUGAGUUGCUAUGACAUUGCAAUGAUCUUCUAAAUCUUUAUGAAAGAUAAAUCUAGAUGUUAGGUAAAUAAUAGUUCCUCCUAAACAACCUAAUCCAAUGGACAUCAAUGAAGAAUAUUCGUUUGAGGCGGCCGAGAUCAUAAUUGGUCCGGCAACUAAACCUUGGACACAUCUUAUCAUCGUCAAAUGAUCGAUAGCUCGUUGAAAUGUGAAAUGUAUGAUUAUGACAAAAAAUGAACAAGAACAUGCUGCCAAUAAAUUAUUAUUAAUAAUGUUUAUCGCUUUUGAUAUAUCAUCUUCCCUUGGUGACGAAGAAAAACUCUGAAAUGAAAACAUUUAUAAAUAUUAUUAUGAAAAUAAAUAGAUAAAACAAAACAAAUAUAUAUACAUAAAUAAAAUUAUAUUUUACCGAUAGGCCAACGAAGAUCAAGAAUAAUCCCAAAUAAUUGAUAAUCGAAGGGAAUAAACCAAAAUAAUUUAUUCGAUCGAUAUUAUUUGUUUUUAAGUUUUUUCUAUUUUUCGAUAAUAUUAAAUGAGCUAUUAAACCGGAUAGUCCACCGACAACGUGCACGAUUCCUGAUCCAGCGUGAUCGCGAUAAAUGACAUUGACGUCAUUCAAUUUACCUUUUGCUAUCCACCCUUCUGGCAUCCAGGUCCAACGAAUUAAAAGAGGUUGAACUAUGCCAGCCAAAAGUACAUUUACCAGAAAAUGUGACAUAAGGUGACUAUUUUCUAUCAUGCUAGUUGUACAAAUAGCCGAGGCGAUCAUUACGACUUGCCAACCGAUCAAGAAUCCUUCCUUCUUUAUCGUAAAAUCCUCGUAAGGAUAAUAAUCGCCGUAGAUAAAGCCGUACGCGUCACCAUCGAAGAUCAAAAGAAAACCGAUCGUAAAAUAAGCUACCGUGGUAGAACAGAUAUCUAGGAUAUUUUUAAAAAGGAUAAAAUUCAAAUUGUCCUUUUUCACAACACCAAUUUGCAAUAGAACAAAACCAAUUCGCAUUAGGAUCGUCAAUAGUAUUCGAUUCGCAUAAUUCGAUAAACAUACAUAAGAAUAAAAUCCAUUGAUUUUUGAUAAUAAAGGAUCGAUAAAGGAUUCGUUGAAAAGGUUAAGAUCAUUUGGAUACAUGACGUAAUCUUGCUUUUUCAUUAACUCGAUCGUUGGUAUUAUCAAUACUGCGCUAUUUCAAAUUUUAAUGUAAAAGAAAAGAAAAACGAAACAAAAGAGAACGAAAGAUAAAAAAAAAAAAAACAAAAGCGAUGUAGAAUUGUUUAAAAUGAUAAGAGAGAAAAAAAACUGUAUGCACAUAUUGACAGAUAUUACGAGCGUCAUUCGAUAAAGUAUGACAGACAAUUAUCUGUAAUAUUAACUUCUGAUAACAAUUAACACAUUUGUCUCGAUGUUUUAUUACUAAAAAAAAAAAAAAAAAAAUAUUAUCCCAUAAAAUUUCUGAAUAUAUUUUCAUUGUAAAAUUAAAAGUUAAAAAAAAAAAUAUAUAUAUAUAUAUAUAUAAAUAUCCAAGUAUUGCAUUCAUUUUUCAAGCGAUAAAAAUGAAAUCGUAUUGCCGUGAGAGCUAAUGGCCGUUAAAAAGAAAUUUACGAUCGAAUAUUUCGAUUUACGAUAAUACUUUAUAAAUACAACUCUAUAUGUGUAUAUAUAUAUAUAUAUAUAUAUAUAUAUAUAUAUUCAACAUUCAAAUUUUCGCGCAAAUUCGUUUAGGCAAUCCAUAGUCCCGCGGUUUGUAUGUAUUUAAUAUCUGUUCAAAGUACGAAAGCGCGCGACCGAUUCGUGUAUCUUCGGUAAACGAUGCAACGUGAUUGGUCGAAUAAUAGUACAGUGGUGACACACCGGGCGAGCCGGCGCGGAAGGGCACGAAGGAUGCCGGCCGUGACCGAUCACGAUUAGUCUGUUCUUCGUCGUCGUGCGUUGUUGGUCGUUUGUAUUUAGUCGCGCGUUAUUCGUGUGUUGUGAGAGAAACGAGAGAGAAAGAACGAAAGAAAGGAAGAAAGAAAGCGAGAGAGAGAGAGAGAGAGAGAGAGAGAGAGAGAGAGAUAGUGCUCGCCCGCCAAC